AAAAAAAGAAACCCCGAAUGAACAAUGUCGAACGGAGACAAAAACUCGAACACAGUCAGCAAUAACAGGAAUGUCAAUGGACAUGUGCAGGAUGUAUCCACUCCAAUGCAUGGACAUGAGCCAACGAGCCCAAAUGCAACCUCGAUCACUCACAUGUCAGUACCACUAUUAUUGUCACUACCACCAGACUUUGCUUCUCCAAUCACCACUACCUCCACCACCGCCUCUAUUACGACUUCGACUGCAACAACUGUUUCAAAUAUGACUUCGAUAUCAACCAGUACCGCUGCUACAACAACACCCAUAGCCUCUAGUUGUGUCGUAAGUCAAAAAACGAUCGAAGUUCUGGGUGACUGGCUACUCGAGUCCGUCUCUGUACAACCAUUACUCGGUAGCCAAGAGCAACGGCGCAAACAAAGCUUCAAGUCGAAUUCACUCAUCAAUAAAACGAUGAAACAAUCGCAGGAAGAGCGACGUAAGCAAGCGCUUGCUGAGCAAGCCAAGAAACGAUACCAAUUUACCAAUCAUGCACGGAAACUCGCACUCUUUGCCAGUGGACAACCGUCAGAUGGCUCAUCAAGUUCAGAGGAUGAUGACAGUCGGGAUGAUAAUGAUGAUGAAGAUGACGAAGACGAAGAUCAGGAAGAUGAUGAUGUAGAUGAUGAUGAAAGACAUGAGAAGAGGAAAAAAAACCGCUUAAGCAAACAUCUCUCUGUCAACAAGGAAAAUAAUGAACAGGAAGAAUCGCGGAUACUUCCUCAACUUAAGGCAACAACAGCUCAUAAGCGACGAUUAAGCUUUGGAUCGGAAUCAGAAACUGCUGCAGGCCGUAAGACGGACAAUGUUGAUGUUCUUUCUCCAAAAAAGCCUAGAUUGCAAAAGAAGAGUGGCUCAAAAGCCCACAGGAAGAAGAAGAGAGAGAGAAACCCAUUCAAAGAUCAGCUCAUGAUUCCAGAGACGAUGUCGGAUAUUCCUGUUGAUCUUGAUACCAACUAUUAUAUUGUUCCAUUACCAGUUGGCCACCGAUGCUUUGUCAUUUCAGCUGACGGCAAGACUACAGCUAGAUUACCAUCAGGACAGCUUUUAGCAUCACCAUUCGAAUCGUGUCUACCCGCGGGAUCAAAUCAGUACCGAGGCAACAGACGAUCUGAUUAUUGUAUCUUGGAUUGUGUCUAUUCUCCUAUCACAAGGACAUUCUGGACAUUUGACAUUAUGUGCUGGAGAGGACAUCCUGUGUAUGAUUGUGAGACAGAGUUCAGGUUCUGGUGGCUCAGAGGCAAAUUGGCUGAAAUUGAGGAGUUGCAGGGAAAAUGGAUCGCAAAUCAAAUCAAAGAGAGGGAUACGGAGGCAAUAAAGAGGAAGGAGAAACAAGCUCGAAGGACAAAGAAGCGUCAAGAAAAUGCUGGACACCCAAAGCCUUCGAAUGUUGCUCUUGAGGAAGUGGGUGAGGAAGGCGGCGAAGACGCUGGCUCAGAAGAUAUGGAUAUCGAAGCUGGAUCGCGGAUAAAUGGAUCAACAAAUUUGUCAGGCUCAGGGAAGUUUUGGCCGAUCGUUUUCACUCCAUUGCCGUACUUUAAUGCUUCAAUUAAUCUAAUCAGAUUACUGGCAGAGUCGAUGUAUCAACCCUCACCAUCACCACCAUCAAUAGGGUCUCCAUGUACUGCAGCAUCAGCCUUACUUUCGGUACCCCAUAACUUGUCAUUGUCAUCGAGAAACACAUCUGCAUCAGCAGCUCCAUUUGAUCUUACGUCUACUAGCCCUAUCAGCACACAAAGUCAUGGAAGUAAUGGUAAUCAAAACGAAAGCCAUCAAAAUGGGGCUAUAGUUCCCGUUAGUCCCUUAGGCACUAUGGCUCUUUCGGGUGAGAUUGCGACAGCGGCUUCCUUGUUCCCAGCACAUGAUAUCACGCAAAAGACACGUCAGGGAAAUACGCUUGCCUAUGAACGUGCUGCGGGGCUUGUCUUUUUUAAUAAGAAGACUAUGUAUGUUCUGGGAACAACACCGCUUUGUGGAUGGGUGGCAAUGGAGCAGAUUGGGGAUGUGUUCUUUGAUGAGGAAGGCGGUGUCGGUCCAGUCCCUGGAACCAGCGCGGUCGAGGGUAGGGAGAUUGAAAUGGAGGAUGCCCUUCAACGAAUCCGUAUUUAAGUAAGC